CGCAUUCAUUUAUACCCUUGUGUUAUGUUAGUUGAGUGAAGUAAAAAAAGGGGUGUUCGAGAAAUUCAGAUUGCUAUAAUGGUGACUACUGUGGCUUCAAGAGUCGAGAGUUUGUCGAGCAGUGGGAUUCAAGCAAUCCCAAAAGAGUAUGUUAGACCCGAAGAAGAGCUCACCAGCAUGGGGAAUGUGUUUGAAGAAGAGAAGAAAGAGGAAGGGCCUCAGGUUCCCACCAUUGAUCUUAGAGAUAUUGACUCCAAAGACUCAGAAGUGAGGGACAAAUGCAGGGAGGAGCUCAAGAAAGCGGCAAUGGGGUGGGGUGUGAUGCACCUCGUGAACCAUGGCAUUUCUGAUGAUCUCAUUGAUCGGGUCAAGAAAGCCGGUGAGGCUUUCUUCAACCAGCCUAUUGAGGAGAAGGAGAAGUACGCUAAUGACCAGGCCACCGGCCAGAUUCAAGGAUAUGGUAGCAAGCUCGCUAACAAUACUAGUGGGCAGCUUGAGUGGGAGGAUUACUUCUUUCAUCUUGUUUAUCCUGAGGACAAGAGGGACAUGUCCAUCUGGCCCAAGACACCAAGCGACUACACUGAAGCCACAAGUGAGUAUGCAAGGCAACUCAGAGACCUCGCGACCAAAAUUCUCUCAGUGCUUUCACUUGGCUUGGGAUUGGAAGAAGGAAGACUAGAGAAGGAAGUGGGUGGCUUGGAAGAGCUCCUCCUCCAAAUGAAGAUCAACUACUACCCCAAAUGCCCUCAGCCAGAACUAGCCCUAGGUGUCGAAGCUCACACCGACAUCAGUGCCCUCACCUUCAUCCUCCACAACAUGGUGCCCGGUCUUCAACUGUUCUACGAGGGCAAGUGGGUGACCGCGAAAUGCGUUCCAAAUUCCAUUAUAAUGCACAUUGGUGACACCAUCGAGAUCCUCAGCAACGGAAAGUACAAGAGCAUUCUCCACCGCGGAAAGGUGAACAAGGAGAAGGUAAGGAUCUCGUGGGCGGUUUUCUGUGAACCUCCUAAGGAGAAGAUCAUCCUCAAGCCACUGCCAGAGACGGUGUCCGAGACGGAGCCAGCACAGUUCCCUCCCCGCACCUUCCAGCAGCACAUUCAUUAUAAGUUGUUCAAGAAGACCCAGACCCUUGAGGAUCCAACUAAAUGAGGCCACUUCAAUAUUGAAUAAACUGUUACGUGUAAGAAUUUUAUAUCUUGUUAUUUUGUUGCAGUGGUUCUAAAAUGUUUAUGAGUAUUUAGGGUCAAUGGAUUGUUGGGUUAAGGGCUUUGAAUUGUAGCCAUUGUGGUUGUGUUUUUGCCUGCUUUUACGGAAUAAAAUUGAAUUUCUUCG